UCUUGAACCAAUAGAAACGACGAAUCAUACAUUACUCAGCUUGACUUUGAAAUAAUCCUAUAACAAAAGAGCAUUCCAAGAAUUUUAUCCAAAAAACAAAAUAAAAAAGAGUAUUCAAGCUUGGUGGCGCCGUUUGUUUUUGGUUUAUUCACUAAAGUUACUCUGUUUUAGUUGUAUAAAUACACACUCCCAUUUGUGUAUUUCUUUUCAUCAAUCACAAAGAUCUCUCUACUUCAAUAAAUCUCCACCUUACUUUAAGAACAAGAAAAACACAGUAUUAACAAAUGGCAGGAAUCAAAGUUUUCGGUCACCCAGCUUCCACAGCCACUAGAAGAGUUCUCAUCGCUCUUCACGAGAAGAAUGUCGACUUUGAAUUCGUUCAUGUCGAGCUCAAAGAUGGUGAACACAAGAAAGAGCCUUUCAUCCUUCGCAACCCCUUUGGUAAAGUUCCAGCCUUUGAAGAUGGAGACUUCAAGAUUUUCGAAUCAAGAGCAAUUACUCAAUACAUAGCUCAUGAAUUCUCAGACAAAGGAAACAACCUUCUCUCAACUGGCAAGGACAUGGCGAUCAUAGCCAUGGGCAUUGAAAUUGAGUCGCAUGAGUUUGACCCAGUUGGUUCAAAGCUUGUUUGGGAGCAAGUCUUAAAGCCUUUGUAUGGUAUGACCACAGACAAAACCGUUGUUGAAGAAGAAGAGGCUAAGCUAGCCAAAGUCCUCGAUGUUUACGAACACAGGCUUGGUGAGUCCAAGUAUUUGGCUUCUGACCACUUCACUUUGGUCGAUCUUCACACUAUCCCUGUGAUUCAAUACUUACUUGGAACUCCAACUAAGAAACUCUUCGACGAGCGUCCACAUGUGAGUGCUUGGGUUGCUGACAUCACUUCAAGGCCUUCUGCUCAGAAGGUUCUUUAAGUGAAUCUCAAACUAUUUAUCGAUCAGAAGAUGUAAUAAAAGUGGCGAUGACCUAAUUGCCCAAUUCUCAUAAACUCUGUUUUUCUUUUUGUGUUUACUCUGUUUUUCUGCUGCCGAGUGUUUGAUUUGAAUGUAAUCUUCGAUAAUGAGUCUUGAUAUAAUAAAAUAUUUCUUAUCUUAAAGUUUAACUACCAAUUAAUGUUGAUCUCAUUCUUCAAAGUUGACUAUCAUUCUCCUAAGUCUUGAACGUUGACUUCCAAAUUAGGUCGCUCUGC